AUGCACUUAUGCCUGGUAAAUAACGAUCCUACCUCUACCUUGUUAAUUACGCCAGAUGGUGAACCGCUGUUCUCCAUUGAAACGCCCCUGCUGCACAGUCCAGAAAUCGAGCUUGAGAAGGUGAUGGCGGCUCCCGCACGGCGCCAGAAGUCGCCUAUCACGCAGAUAAAGAGGAUUGAGAGGUAUCAACGGAGUGCGGGGCAUGUUGAGACACAGAUUGGGGUUGUGGAAUAUUGUGGGAAGGGGAAUGGGACGAAGUUGCAGCUGUGUAUGGAGAACCAUGCGCUCGCGAUCACGGCGCGAACAAUGUUGGGUAUCGAAGGGGCGGGAGACUUUGGGGAGCAAACCGAUGAAGAGGAUGAAAACUUCUGGGAAUUUACUGGGCCAGAUUCGAAACAGUACCGGUGGCAAAUAUUCGUGCACUCGCCCGUCCUGCUAUUGGCUGACAACUCUUUCACCCCGCUUGCGCGCUACCGCAGAGCAAAGCUAGGGAUUGUGUCGCGCUCACGGCGCGCAUUCCUUGAAAUACUUCCCGCUGGGAUAAACCUCAUUGAUCUCAUAGUCGUCACCUUCGUUGGAUUCAUGAAACAGCGUGUCAUGGUGGAGGGCGGGGCGGCACCACACGUCCAAGACACGGACGCCAACCUGACUUCUUCUACUCCUAAUCUACAGGCGGACAAACAAUCUAUGUCGUCGCAUGAGCGAACCAGUUGUCCACCCCAGCGAAGUUCGACAAUACCCUGA